AUGCUUAAAGAAAGACUUUUAACAAGAAUACUAACCUUUUUUUCAUCUAUUUUAAGAAUAAAUAAAAACUACUCUUAUUUAAUUAUAUCCUAUUAUGUGAAUUUGAUUGAACAAAAGUAUUAUCUAAUAAAAAUAAUUGAACAUUUAAAAAAAAUAAUCAUUUAUUUAUUAAAAGGGUUGUUAUUUUCAAAAAAUUUUUUUUAUGAUUGCUUAGAUAAUGCUAAACAGGGCUUUCAUAAUUACGUUAUAUUAAAAUCAAAAGUUUUCAAUAUCUUAACUAAUUUUCAUUUUGAUAAAUUCUUAAUUGAAAAUCCUUAUAAAUAUGACUUAAUUAAAAAUCUUAUGCUAAUUUUAACCAAGGAAAUUCUUUUCUUUUUUCAUAUUUUAAAAAAUAAAAAUAAGAUAUUUAAAGAAACAUUAAAUGAAGAAAAACAUAUUCAUCAUGUUAUUAAUGAAAUGUUCGAUUUUUCUUAUCUAAAUGAGUAUACCAAUAAUGUUAAUUUGAAAAAGUAUGAUGAAAUUAUAUUAAUAUGGGUGGAACAAAAUAUUAGCUUGUUUAACGAUUUAAUUAUUUUUAAUUUAAGUGCCAAUGCAAAUGCUAAAAAUAACGAAUAUAAUACAAACCCUAAUAAUAAAAAAACACCAGAAAUGGUGUUUUUUGAAGAACAAAAGGAAAAAAAUAAUGAGAAUGUUAAAACAGAAACAAAUAGUAAAAAGGAACUUAUUAAACAAGAAAAAGUUAAUGAAGAAAUAAUAAAAAAUGAAGAAGGAAAUAGUAAAGAAACUUCAAAUUUCGAAGAUGUUAAUAAAUUAAUAUGUUAUGAUAAUAACUACAAAUGUAAUACAGAGGAAAACAAAAAUGAAAAAUUGUUUUCAACAGAUGAAAAAAAUAAUGUAAAAAAUGAAAAUAAAGUAUACAGAAAGUUUGAAUAUUUUUAUGAAAAUCCGUUUUUUAAUAGAGAAAAUAACAAAGAAGAAAAAGAUGAAGAAGAAGAAGAAAAAAAAAUAUAUUUAAUUAACAGAGAUCAUUUAAUUGACACUAUAGAUCAAAUAAGUGUGGAUAAUAUAAUUUUCCUUACUCAUUUAAUGAAAAAUGUAUUUAAUUUAAUCCGUGAAGAUCCUUUUAUUAUUAAUUUUUUUAUUAAAAAUAUUUUUUUGAUGAUAGAAAAAUUAUUAGAUAUAAAAGAAGAAUUAAGUAAAAAAGUAAAUUACAUUAACAGUAAUAAUAAAGAUAAAAAUAACAUGAAUAUAAAUAAUUACAAAGAAAAACUAUUUGAAUGUAUGUUUCACUUUAUAAAAAAUGAAUUAUAUUUAUUAAUUUGUAAAAAAAAUAUUAACUUUCCUUUUUAUUAUUCAUAUAUAACCCAAUUAUUAAACUUUAUUGGAGAAAAAGGAACUACAGAUGAAUUAAUAAAAAAAAAAGUUGAAUCGUUAAGCAUCGUAUACUUAAAUAAUGAAAAAGAAAGAAAAAGGAAAUUAAAUGAAAAAAAUUAUAACUUUGAUUACAUGAAAAAGAAUAUAUUGAGAAAAGAGGAUUAUGGAUAUAAAAAAUUUAAAAAUGAAGAAAUAGAUGUUAUGUCUUAUUUAAAAGUUAAAAUGAAUGAGAAUGAAAAUGAAAAUGAAAAUGAAAAUCAAGAUUAUAAAAAAGAAGAAAAGGAAAAUUUAUUUAUAAAUAAAAUUAUUAAAAAAUUAUAUCUGACUAAUUUUAAAUUAGAUAAAGAAUAUUAUGAAAAAUAUGAUUGUUCAAGAAAAAAUAAAUUAACAGAUUUUUUUUGUAAAAACCGUUAUGAUAAUAUAGAUAUGAGUAGUAAUGAAUUAAGUAACAAUAAUAUUUAUGAAGAUAAUAUUAAUCUUUAUGAAAAAAAUAUUUUAGAUAAUCAAGAUAUUGUAUACAAUAAAAAUAAUACUGAUGCAAAUAUAUGUAAUUUAAAUGUACUUCAAAAUAAUUUGAUUUGUUCUAGUAAUAACAUAGAAAGAAAUAUAGUAGAGAGUUAUACGGAUCAUCAUGUUUUUAAUGCUGAUAAUAAUACUUUAGAUAAUAAUAAUAAUAAUAAUAAUAAUAAUAAUAAUAAUAAUAAUAAUAAUAAUAAUAAUAAUAAUAAUAAUAAUAAUAAUAGGAAUAUUAAUAACGUUAAUAACAUUAAUGAAUUAAAUGCUAAACAAAAUGAUGAAAACAUAACAAAUAAAAUAAGUGUUCAAAAUAAUUUUUUUAAAAUAAAUAAAAUGAAUUACAGUGAUAUUUAUGGAAUAUUUAUUAACGACAAUAUAAAAUACUAUGAUAAUGUUAAAAGUAGUGAAACUAUACUUGGAAGUAUAGAUUUAUAUUUUUUUCUAAUUUUUACACAAAUACUUAAUAAUAAUCUUGAAAAUAAAGUUCAAACUUUAGGUGAAAAUGUGUAUAUUAAAAAAAUUAAUAAUUUAAAAAUUAUAAAUAAUAUUAUAAAAAGAAUAGUUCUAAAUGAUAUGAUGAAAGAAAAGCAUAAAUAUUUUUUUCUUACCUUAUAUAUUAUAAAAAUUAAUUCAUCAAAUAUAUUCAAUAAUAAAACAUCCAAUGAUAUUUUUUUAAAUUAUUCUACUAUAUUUAAAGUAUGCAACAAUUUAUUAUUUUACUCAUAUAUGCAGGAAAAAAAAAAAAAAAAAUUAAAAAAAAUUAAAUUAAACAAACAUAAUGAUAUAUUAGGUUAUACAGUAGUUUGUUAUAAUUAUUUUUAUAAAAUAAAAAAAAAAUUGGAAAAAAACAGCUAUGUAUACAGAAAUGAGUUACAGAAAAAAAAUUUCAAAAUGAAAUGUAAAUAUGAUGAAAUUUUAAAUAUUAUUAUUUAUUUUUUACAUAAUGAGAAACUUUUAGUUAAUCAUAGAGAUCAAUAUAUAAAAACAUUCAUAGAACAAAUAUUAGAAACACCAAAGUUAUCAUUUUCCUUUUUUGUUUACUUAAUAUUAUGGCUAAAUAAUAUAAGUAUUAAUAUUGAUUACAAAGGGUAUAUAAAUAAUUCAAACACAGAUAAUUUAACAAUUUUAAAAAAUGAAAAAAAGGAUUUGUUUGUACAAGAUAUGAGUAAAUCACAAUUAUUAAAAAAUGAGGAAUAUAAGAUAGAAGAUAAUUGUUCUCUUUUAAUUGAAAAGGGAAUACAAGAAAAAAUAGGAGUUAAUAAAAACAAAUUUGAAAAUUUAAGUAAGAAAGAACAAGAAAAGAAUAUUAGUAAAAAUGUUGAAGAUAAUAUGAAGGAUGAAAAGGAAAUGUCUAUGGAUAAUAAAUCAAAUGAUUCUGAACAAAAAGAUGGUAAUAAUCAAUUAAAUAUGAAAGCAAAUGAUAGUAAAAAUGUUAUUCCUCUUCCUCUAAAUAUGGAUAAUAGAUGUAAGGAUAAUUUAAUUAAAAUGGAUAUGAAUAACAUAAGAUGUAAUUCUUUUAGUUAUAGCGAAUCUGAUAGUUCUUCAUAUUUUGACGUAGAAUCAAGUAUAUGUGAUGAUGAUUUUCCAUCUGAAAAAAAUAUAGAAAAUGAAGAAACAUUCCUAAAUAAAGAGGAUAAUUGCUAUAAUAAAACAAUUAAGAAAUUUGAUUUUGAUGAAAAAGAAAUGAUUGAAAAUGAUAAUUCACUAAAUAUAUUAAGAGAAAAAUUAAAUAAUUCUAAAAGCAAUAAAAUAAAUGAAGAUAGCUAUAAAAGUGUUAUUGAAUACAAAAAUGAUUAUUCGUUAAAUGAUAGUGCAAAUAAUGAAAAAAAGAUAUAUGAAAGUAAUUUUUUAAGAGAUGAUAAAAAUCAAAAUAAUAGUAUUUGUAAUAACAAUAUAACCAAUGAUAUCUAUAAUAAUAUCAAUAACACUGAAAAUAAUAAUAAUAAUAAUUUCAAUUUAUAUGAUAAUAUUGAUAAUUUAAAUAAUAAUAAUAAUAAUAAUAAUAAUAAUAAUUAUCCCUUAAUGAAUAACAAAAUUAUUAAUGAAGAAAAUCAAAAAGUUGAUGAAAAAGAAAAUAACAGUAAAAUGGAAACCAAAGAAAAUGAAAUGAGAGAGAAACUUUUUAAUAUUAACUAUUAUAUUAAAUAUUCUAAAAAAAUUCAUAAUUCAUCGAAUUAUAUUUUAUGUUUUUCUUUAAUUUCAAAUCUGUUAAAGAAAAAUCAGAAUUUAAUUGUAAAAAAAACUAUGAUGUCAAUUUAUAUUAAUACUAUAUAUAAAUCAAGUAGUGAAGUUAGAAAACUUUUAAAAAAAUUAAUAACUGCUUCAAAAGGAAUAUAUAAUAAUACCAUAAAUUACCUAGUUUAUACUAAAAAAAUAUAUAUUUUCUAUCAUAAAAUUUUUAUUUUAUUUUUAUUAUAUAUAUGCAACAUUUACUUCCCAAAUUUAAAAAAUGACAUUAUCUUUUUUUCUCAUUUUGCAACUUACUUAUGGCCAAUAGAAUUAAUCAAUUUUCUUCAUAAUUUUUUAAUAACUAAUUUUUCUUUUUUCUAUAAUGACAUUAUAUCCAUUUUUAUAAAUUAUGGAAAAAUAAAAUGUUAUGAGAAAAACAUAUUUUUUUCAAAAAAUUAUGAAUACAUUGAUAAAAAAUUAGAUGAAUAUAUAAAAAAUUAUGAUGAUUCAAAUUUAAUGGAAUCUAUAGAAUGCUUUUUAAGGGAAACAGAUUUUUUUAAUAACAAAAAAAUAAAUGAAGGUGGAGAAAUGAGUUCUAUUAAUAUUCUCAAAGAUACAGAUAACCAUCAAGAAAUAAAUAAUUUUGAUAGAAAGUUUACUUUGAAUAAUAAAAAGUUAAGAGAUAUAAUAGAAAAAGAAGAAGAAGAAGAAGAGAAAAUACAAACGUUUAUCAAAAAGGAAGAAGAAGAAUGCUUACAUAAGAAUGAAAUAUCACAAAAAAUAUUGCUAGAAGAAAUUUUUGUUCUUUUAUUUAUAAAAACUAUAGAUAUAAUGGAAGAGAAAUUAUUGUUUGAUAAAUUGAAAAAAGUAAAUAUAUUUUUAAAUUUUUUAAGUAUUGAUUUUAUUGAUGAGUUGUGUAAGUUUGUUAUUUUAAAAAUGGAAAAUGCUUAUGAAAAAAAUAAAAGUGAAUUUUGGAAAAAUUUUGAUAUACUUUCUAAUGAGAUAUUUGAAGAAGAUAAAGCAAAAAUAAAUGAUGAAUUUAAUCAGUUAGAGUUACAAGAGAUUUUUAAUUUUUUGUUAAAUUCAAUUGAUAAUUUUUUAAGUAUAUGUGUAAGAUCUUCAAUAUUUUUUCAUUUAUAUUUAUUUGUGUAUAAUAAUUGUAUGAAUACAAAAAUAAGGAAUAUUUUACUAAACAGAUUUAUAGCUACUUUACCAUUAUUAAAAUCAUUAUUUCAUGAAGAAUUUUUUAGAAUAUUAAAGUAUAAUAACAAAUUAAAUGAUCAAAGUGAAAAUGAUAAUAAAGGUGAGGAUAAUAACACCAUAAAAAAAAACAAUGAAAAAUUAAAUGAUAAGUUAGAUGGAGAUAAUGAGAUUAAAGGGGAAGUAGAGGAUAAAAAAAAUGAAGAAGAAAAAGGAAAAGAAAAAGAAAUAAAUACAGAAUCAAUUUGUAUAAAUGAAGACAAUUCAUUUCAAAUUAAUAUAGAAAUAAUAAAAUAUAUUAGUAAAAAUCUAUAUGAAUCUUCCCCUAAAGAAAUCAAUACCAACUUUUUAAAUUUCUGUUAUAAUUUAUACUUAGAAAAUAAUAAUUUUUAUUUUAUUAUAGAAUUAAUUGGUUUUUUAAAAAAAGAACAAACUCUACAAAUAUUUAAUGAUAUAAUAAAAAAUAAUAUGAAUGAAAAUAAAAAAAUUGAAAUUUUGAAGUAUUGUAUCAAUAAUAUUAUUAAAUUACCUUAUUCAUAUGUUUUAGAAAAAGAAAAAAAAAAGGAAAAUGAAAAUGAAAAUGAAUCUUAUUAUAUAACAAAUACGGAAAUAUUUUAUUUUUAUUAUAAUUUAAAUAAGAAUAAAAAUAUUCAAAAAGUUAUGUUAGAUUACUUUGUAACGAAAGUUAAUUUAAAUACAGUGGAUGAUGAGGAAAACAAUAAAAUGUUCAAUGAUAUUACAAUAAAAGAUUUAGCUAGUAUAAUUCAACAAAUAGCAGAAAACACCAAUUCUAUUUUUCCUAUUUAUGGAAGAUUUUUGUGUCAAAUUACUAAAAAUAUUAAUAUUUUAAGAGAAUUUAUUAGUAGUAUUAUUAUUCCUUUAUUAAUACAAAAAAAAAUAUGGAAUAACAAAUUUAUAUGGAAAGGUUGCUUAAUGUGUAUAUCUAUGUUAUGGACAGAUUUUAAACAUUCCCUUUUUUAUAUUUUUUUUAUGUUACCAUCGGACGAAUGCGCAAUUUUAUUUCAUGCUUUACAGCAGAAACAUCCAAUUGAAAGUGAUUUAAUUAAUUUAAUAUCUUCAAACGAACAAGCAAAAAGAAUGUGUCCUGAUUAUUUGAAGAAUUUAUUAAAUACAUAA